UAGUUUAUUCUUAGCUUUGUAUCCAAUUCAAGCCUCCAAAAUCAUCUCCUCCACAUUUCUCUCUCCCAGCAACAAAAGCAAGCAAACCCAAAACUGAAAAACAUCUUUUUUUUCCUUUCUCUCUUUCUUGUUUCCUCUCCCUUUCCUCCUCUUUUCUCUAUCCAGCUAUCUUUCUCGUUACCUCCAAAGAAAGACAGGAAAGCAAACCAAAUUCAUCUCAUCUGCUUUACCUGAAAAGCAAAAGGCAAUCACCCACCGUCAAUUUCUUUAUUUAGGAUUUUCUGAUUAUUUCAUCGCCGUUGCUACGAUCAGCAUCGGGUUUGAACGGGUCAAGGUUGUUCUUGAAGGUAACUUAAAAAAAAAGUUUCUUUCUUUCCUUUUGUUUUGGCAUUUCUAGAGCUGAAUUUUAGGGCCAAGGUUAAUUCAAUCCUGAACUAGUUAAGAAACCCAGAGGGAAAAGGCUUGGGAUUUAGUUGAUUUCUUGAUCCGGGUCGAUGGCUGAAGUUGAAAAGAAUCAGGAAAUCAUCCCCAAUUCAAAACCCGCCACCAAAAAUACCACCUCUAGUUCUAUAUUCAAUAGGUCUGUUACAAUUCAUUCAGCUUCUGUGGCCAAGUCUUACCUUCAAUCAACAUCAAGAUUCUACAAUUCGUUUGAGUCCAUGAAAGGAAAGGUAAAAAAGCUUCGUUCUUUGUUUGAGUCCCCAAAACCCCAGACACCGAACCCCGAUGAAUUGCAAAUUCAAGCAACGCAUAAGCUACAAUCUUUUAAAUCGAUGGGACCUGAGUAUAAUAGGUUCCCUUCUUUUGGGUUUAUUAACAAUAGUAAAAUCCGGUUGCCGGGUACCGAGGAUAGGAUUGUGGUGUAUUUAACAAGUUUGCGAGGGGUUCGAAGGACUUACGAGGAUUGUUAUGCGGUGAGGAUGAUUUUCAGAGGGUUUAGAGUGUGGAUUGAUGAGAGGGAUGUUUCGAUGGAUUCGGCUUAUAAGAAGGAGCUGCAAAGCGUGCUGGGAGAGAAAAAUGUGAGCCUGCCGCAGGUGUUUAUAAGGGGGGAUCAUGUGGGUGGUGCUGAGGUGAUUAAGCAAAUGUUUGAGACAGGCGAACUGGUGAGGGUUCUUGAUCGGUUUCCAAGACAGCAGCCUGGCUUUGUUUGUGAAGGAUGUGGGGGUGUGAGGUUUGUGCCUUGUGGGAAUUGUAGUGGGAGUAGAAAGUUGUUCGAUGAAGAUGAAGGGGUGCUCACGAGGUGCUUGGAAUGUAAUGAGAAUGGAUUGAUUCGAUGCCCAGAUUGCUGCUCCUGAUCGAACUUCGAUGCUUACACCUGAUUUAGUGCGAAUUUUUAUUUGUCUUGUUGCCGUAUGUAAUCAAUGUAAGGGUUGGAUUCAAAAUACUCAUUGGAUUCAUUGGCUUUUUUCAUUUUGUUCAUUGUAUUUACAUCUGUCUAGGGGACUGAUGUUGCUUGUUUUAUGUAGUGUCUUGAAAAAAAGUAGUUACAAUGUGUUAUCAAAACUCCAAAUUGGUUUUGGGGGUUUUGUUUGUAUUUUACGCAGGGGAGAUUAUCUCUCCUCUUUGGGAUUUGUAAAUAUUUAGUGCUAAUGCAACGCAAAAGGAUUUGCAAAUGAUGCAUCGUAAUGAAAAUGGGUGCUUUUAAACCCCAACUUUCUGUACUUAA